AUCGCGAGCGUGAUGCGUUAGGUUUAGCUGUCAUCAUCGAGUGGGAACGAGAGAGAGAGAGGAAAAGAAAGAGAGAGACAGAGACGCGACGUAAACACACUAGCCACAGAAUGGUCGUCUGCCAGCCGAAUUUUGCAUCUGACACCUUUCCCGCGCCCGCCAAUUUAUUAUUCCAAUGUCACUGACCAUCGCCUGCUCGCAUUUCCGUUCAAGUUUUUUUCGUAAUUCAAACAGGCGACCGUCUUCUUUUCCUCAAUAUCAUAAUUUCAACUCCGCACAGAAAUCAAAAUGCGAUGCUAAAUCAUUUUGAUCGCAGAUUUUGUUACUUUGCCAUUGAUCUGAUGUCAUUAUAUUCGUCGAUAUUCUAUUCUGCCCUGCAUGGAUGAGAAGAAAUUGAAUUGAAAGAGUUUGUUUGGGAUCGCUGGCUGCUUAGGGCGGCAGCAACACAUGCAGUGUCAACCUAAAGAAGGCAUACAAGAGCAGACACAUCUAGGCAAACAACAGCUGAAGACAACCUUAUACAACCCGUGCAGUCGAGAACAACAUCAACCAUCUCUGUGACGUCACAACCCCAAAGAUCAAGGUGAUAUCAACGUCACACGAUACAUUCCAUCACUAGAUCACCAUGGCAACACUAACCACGACACAAUCUUCAUUGUUGAUGUUGGCCCUGAUUCUCCUCUCACUGACUACGUCAUCACUGGUCCUGGCUGACUGCCGUAAGCUUGGUCUUCAGUACAAACUCGCCAGACCAGGUUGCCGACCAGUCACCUUGGACUCGGUAGGCUGUAGAGGCACCUGUAGCGGCUACACAAGGAUAUCACCCAAUAAUUACCUCGAGGUGGAACGAUCCUGCACCUGUUGUCAAGAGAUGGGUUUCCUAGAGCGCACUCAACGGUUACAAUGCCCCACCCUUAAUCCUCCCUUUCGUGACGUCACAUAUAGGAUACCAAGGCGUUGUUCGUGUCGUCCAUGCCGGUCAGUGGCGAGUGUGAGUCGAGUUCAGACGCUAGAAGAUCUACGGCUGGGUUGAGGUCUAGGACCUAGGUCUCUUAUAUGAACUAUAAUACUUGUGUCCAAAUGUCAGAUUUACAGAGUACUAUUUUUAUGACGAAGACGACGACGACGGCAAUGGUGACACUGAUGACGAAUUGCACAUCCAGUGUGAUAAAAAAUUGAAAGAUUUUAAAAAUCGUGCACAUACCUUAAUCAUAUCUUCUUCUUUU